AUGAGCAAUCGUUGUAAAAUAUGUGGCGAUGCCUCGAUCGGGAUUCAGUUUGGAGUGCGGGCGUGCCGCGGCUGUAAGUCGUAUUUUACAGGAAAGGUACCAAAAUGCGACGCUCAGAUUUUGAUGAAACUUGGGAUAGAUGUAGAAUAAUUUUUGCUAAGAUAAAUGGGAGAGUUUUAACUCACGCUUUGCAGAAACGACCGAGAUUUCUUACGAUUAGUCGAAAGUUGGAAAAAAUGUGAUGAUUUUUCGCAAAUUUUGGCAUGAACAGAUUCAAUAUAAGUUUGAUGUUUAUUUUUGCUAUAGAGGGUAAUGUUUGCAUAAAAAAAUAAUUUUUUCCGCUUAAAACCGACAAAAAUGUGACUAAAAAAGUUUUUUCUGUGGCCACUCUCCGCAUUGCGCAUACUCUCUUGGCCACAAAGAUCGUUGAAUAUCUCGGCUGCCGCUGCAAAGCGCGAGCUAAAAUUUUUAAGAAUUAAUAUGUCAACUAUCUCACAAAUUUUUGCAAAAUUUAAAUAAAGUUUGAGCGUCGCACGUGGCCUUAGCGAACAAUUUAAUUAUGUAAUCAUGUAUACGUAACAUAAAAAAACAAUUUUCUCUUUGAAGGCAGCGCUUUUUUCCGUCGGACGAUUGUCGAGAAGAGGCAGUACGAUUGUUGGCGGAAUGAGAGAUGCAAGGUUAUCCCAGGUAAAAAAAAUGUUUUUUAUGUCAUUAGUUGCGAAGAGGAAAAUAAUCACUUCUGAAGGCCAUGUUGUUUCCAGGUGUUCGAAAUUCUUGCCGAGAAUGUCGCUUCAAGAGGUGUGUGAAACUUGGGAUGAAAGAAGAACGUAAGCAUUAUAUAUACAAUCCUAACCGCAGUAGCGUUUAUGAUACAGUACUUAAAGUAAGGGACCUGAUCCAUUGGCCAAAAACGUACCAUUUUGCAUCCGGGAAGCAUAAAAAAUGUUGCAAAAUACCUCCAUUUCCAAGUGAAAAACUCCGAUUUCAAAAGCCCGCCAGCCUUUUUUUGUGAGAAAGUUCAAAACGGAGUUUUUUUUAUUUGGAGAGGGAGGCAUUUUGCCACAUUUUUACUACUUCUCGGAUGCAAAAUGAUACGUUUUUUGCCACUGGAUCAGGCCCUUCACUGUAAGUAUUUUGGACAUUUUAAAAGCCUUUUAUGAAAAAAAUGGUUUUAGGAGUUCAGCCGAGACGCGACAAAAACAUGACAAUCGUAGUGGCCAAUCCCCUUACACCACCGCACACUCGAAAAGAUGUCCCAACAACAUCGAAAAAUUCGGAUGUACUCUCGCGACUCUCCGCAGGCUUUGAGACUUAUAUGAUCGCGAAAAAGGCGGUCUUCAUCACGAAACGACCAGAGUUGGCCGUCUUCGAGCACGACGAGAUGAUUACUGUCCCAGCUAGCGAAAAAGUCGAGCUGGAAAUGCUGACCUUUCCCAGCACAUACGCCGUUCUUCGCGACUACUUUUUGGAUUUUGUUGAAAUGGACAAACAAGUCAAGGUAAGAUUAGCCACAGCAAAUUUACUCUCAUUUUUGAUUGUAGUCAUAUAUACAAUAAAGGACCUGAUCCAGUGGCAAAAAAACAUAUCAUUUUGCAUCCGGGACGUAUCAAAAAAUGUGGCAAAAUGCCUCCCUCUCCAACUAGAAAAACUCCGUUUUGAAUUUCCCUCGCAAAAACAGCCGGGCUUUUGAAAUCGGAGUUUUUUCACGUGGAAAGGGAGGUAUUUUGCCACAUUUUUUAUGCUUCCCGGAUGCAAAAUGGAAAAUUUUUUGCCACUGGAUCAGGUCCGCCACUGUAUUAUUAUACAAUCAAAUACGUAUUCUGUCUUUAGUUCAAAUUAUUGGACGCCUUUUUGGGACGCUUCUACCAAUUGGAGAGGGUCUGGGUGACAGCUCAACGAUUUGUCAAAACAAAGCAGUUCCAUAAGUACGCGUUGUCGGCUUAUGAUUACAUUGAUAUGACACGGCAAGAGGACUUCUUUCAAGAUGACAUAGAGGCGCAGAAGUAAGUGAAUUAUUUAAUUUUAUUUAUAAGCUGACUAUAAAAUUGGGCCAAGCUAGCGUAGAGGCAGUCAAAUUAUUGUACUUUUCACCUAACAGCGGAAGUGCCCCAAGUGCGGUACUUAGAUUUUGAUGAAACUCGGCACAAAUUUAGAAUAUUUUUUUCUAAAAUAUAUGCGAGAAUCCAAGCUCGCGCUUUGCGGAAACAACCGAGAUUUUUAGAUCGAAAGUCGGCGAAAAUUUGAUACUUUUUGCUGAAUUUCGGCACAAAAAGUUGCAUGCCUAUUUCUACCAUAGAGGGUAAUGUUUCCAGAAAAAAUCAAUUUUCUUCGCAUGAAACUAGCAAAGCUAUGGCCAAAAAGUGUUUUUCUCUCUGACCUCUCUCCGCGUUUAGCGUACUCUCUCGGCGGCAAAGAUCGUUCAAUUCCUCGGCGGCGCUUGCAAAGCGCGAGCUUAAACUUUCAGGAAUUGAUGCUUAGUUCAUGACCGACGUGUGUGCAAAAUUUUAAAAAAUUUUGAGCGUCGUAUUUGGGGGUGCUUCUCUUGUAAGCAACCAAUCGGCGAAGCGACAUUUUGUUUAUCAAUCUGACGGGAAGAAAGUAAACACAAUGUCGCUGCGCCAAUGGCGUGGCUGAAGUGAAAAGCAAUUCGAUUUUGUACACAAUUAAUUUUCUUAGCGGCGGAUUUUUGAUGCGACAUUUGCUUAUCAUCAUGAUAAAAGGGGUGUUUACAUAAAACAUAGAUUUUUACACGCAAGCUUGAUAAAUUUCUUAUCAACUACCUUUUUCUAUUUGACCCUCCGCUUUUUGCGCACGCUUGCGUUUGGGAAAGACUUCUGCAUAUCCCGGCCGACUCUGCAAAUCGCUAGCUAUAAUAUAUAACACAGCCUCCAUUUACAGAUCGUUCCAACCAUAUGCCGUAGUGCUUCAACAAUUUGCCAGAAAGAUCGAUUCAUUGGAAGUGGAUCAGAAAGAGUUUGCAGCCUUGAUUGGCCUUAUGGCCGUUCAUAUCGGUAAUCGUCUUCAAAUACAGUGGGGGAAGUGGCAAAGAAUGUACCAUUUUGCAGUCGGGAAGUAUCAAAAAUGUGGCAAAAUACCUCCCUCUCCAAGCGAAAAAACUCCGAUUUCAAAAGCUCUUUUUGUGAGGGAAAAGGCGCGCCCUUCAAAACGAUGUUUUUUCACUUGGAAAGAGAGGCGUUUUGCCACAUUUUUUAUGCUUCCCGGAUGCAAAGUGAUACUUUUUUUGCCACUGGACCGGGUCCGUCACUGUGUAUGCAAAAAUGCCCAUUUUUAUUCCUUUUUCAGUCGCCAGUUUAUACGCCGACAAAGCCGAUAAACAACUCCGCAAGAUCCUUGACGAACUUCAAGAACACGUUUCGAAACGAUACUCAGACAGACAUAAGCGGGUAGCUCAGAUAAUACUGUUGCUGAGAGAUGUGGAGACGACAACGGAGAUGUUCAACGAGUGCUUCUUUUUGGGUGUUGUAGUGAAUGACAUUUACCGGCAAGCACUCGACCGGCUCGGCGAGAUCUCCGAUUAUUAUGUGUAG